CCUACAGCGCGAUGAACAAAAGACAAAGGCGAUUGUAAUAAAGUUUUUAUUAGAUCGAAAUUAGUUAGUGGUGUAUCGAAAUUGGACUCCUGUGGACAUUGUUCACCGAGUACCUACCUAUACGGAGAUAAAAUAUUGACUUUUCGCAAGUCAACUAAAGACAAAUAAUUAUAUUACAAACCAAACACUGCUAAUCUAAAUAACAUAAUACGUUCUUUCAACCUAUAGAUGGCGUUAGUAGCGAUUAUAUCGUUUAUUGUCAAUUCUGACUAACCCCCUCUUUUGAAGAAAGUAUAUAAGAUAGUGACGGGAAUCGUGGAGAUGAUAUUUAGAUUUAGAGACAGUCAGCGGUAGUACGAUGAUCUCGUCUCCCUGGUUGAUUAGUUGUAAGCAGUUGUAAGUAGCAGCAUCCAGCAAGCGGACAAUAACCGUUAAAGUAUUAAUUUGAAAUUUUUGUGAAAGAUUAUUUGUAACUUUAAGAUUAUUAAUACUAAGUCAAAAUUUUAUUUUUAAUAUUUGCUAUAAAAAAGGAACAAAUUUUUUUGAUUUAUUUGAGUAAGAUAAUAAAUAAAUUAUGGAAAUAGACAAUAGUAAUACACCUUAUUCAAAAAACGGUAAUCGUGAACAAGAUAAGAUAUUGCUUCAACCAUUUAAUUAUAUUGUUCAAAUUCCUGGGAAACAAGUAAGAACUAAAUUAACAAAUGCCUUUAAUUAUUGGUUGAAAAUACCAGAUAAUAAACUUCAGGCUGUUGGGACUAUAAUACAAAUGCUACAUAAUUCAAGUCUCCUGCUUGAUGAUAUUCAAGAUAAUUCUAUUUUAAGAAGAGGCAUUCCAGUAGCACAUUCCAUUUAUGGGGUGCCAAGUACCAUAAAUGCUGCAAAUUAUGUUUUAUUUAUUUCCUUAGAGAAGGUACUUUCCUUAAAUCAUCCUGAGGCAACACAGGUAUAUACAGAACAAAUUUUAGAGCUUCACAGAGGUCAAGGCAUGGAAAUAUAUUGGAGAGAUAAUUAUAUUUGUCCUUCUGAACUAGAAUAUAAACAUGUGACUGUUAAGAAAACUGGUGGACUCUUCAAUUUGGCUGUGAGAUUAAUGCAACUAUUUUCUACUUGCAAGGAGGAUUUUUCAAAACUAGCAGGAAUUAUAGGUCUUUACUUUCAAAUACGAGAUGACUACUGUAAUUUAUGUAAUCAAGAAUAUACAGAAAAUAAAACUUAUUGUGAAGAUUUAUCUGAAGGUAAAUUCAGUUUUCCUAUUAUUCAUGCAAUAAAAAGUCAUCCUGGAGAUAGUCAAAUCAUGAAUAUUUUAAGGCAACGAACUAAGAAUAUUGAAGUAAAACGUUAUUGUGUAAAUUUAUUAGAAAAAUUUGGAUCAUUUGCUUAUACAAGACAAGUUCUUGAAUCACUUGAUAAAAAAGCUAGAGAUGAAAUAGACCGCCUUGGAGGAAAUCCAUUAUUGAUAAAACUUUUAGAUGAAAUUAUAAAUUGGAAGUCUCCAGAAACUUGACUAAAAGUUUAAUUCACAAAACAUUCUAUUAUCUGCUUAUUUUAUUUAAGAAUGUAUAUAUAUGAUAUAAUACUUAAUAUUUUUUGUGUAUCUGUUCUAUAGAAUUAUUAUAAUUUUAACUACAGUUUUUAUAUAAAUAUUGGAAAUAUUAAAUGUUUAUAAAAAAUACAGCAUAAAUAGAAAAUGAUUUAAUUUUGGUUUUUAUGUGUCAUAAAUGUUGAAAGCCAUUUAAAGUUUUUUAUAAAAUUAUUAUUCAUUAAAAUGAAUAAUAAUCAUGUUACAGUAUAUAUAAAAGUGAUACAUAUAUUAUAUAACAGUAUUGAGAAAAUUAAUAAUCUUUUUGGUACGUAAAAGAUUAAUAUUAAUUAUUUAUAUAUUAAAAAUAUGGGGUGGUGGUUAAAUGGUAUGUGUUAUAUAAAUUAGCAAUUCUUCUAAAUGGAAUUAAAUGAUAUUUUUAAUUUACAUUUAUUGGUUACUUAUAUUUUAUCGUAAAACAAGUAUAAAUAACAUUGUAAAAUGUUUUCAAUAUUGAUUGAUUUUAAAUAUUUGUAUGCAUUUUACACAUGUAUAAAAUACUAUUAGUUACAACAGUUCCAGUAUUAUUUUAUUAUUGUGCCUUUAAUAAGUUUAUAACCAAUUAUGUAUUUCCAAGUUUUAUUAUCAAUCUUGGUAUUUAUACUAAAAUUUAAUAAUAUAUUGUAUAAUACAUAACAUUGAGCAAUCAGCACCGAUAUUCAUAAUUGUUUGUACAUUAUGUGAUUAUACAUUGCAUGUUUGUAUACAUAAUGGGCUAUAAUAUAGUUUAACAUUGUGUAAAAAAGCACGCUUAAGUAUUUGCUUCUAUAUCAACUAACAAAAAUAUUUGUUACUCGAUAUUUAAGCUUUGUCAUUUGAAUGACAUAAUUUGUACAAUUUCUUGUUAACGAACGGAAAUAUAUUUUCGUUAAUUUGACUUAUAA